UGUGUGCAAUGUUUGAAGACAUCCAAUUGAUCAGCACGAACGUCAGGAUUUUGCGGUUCUGGGCCCUGCUGUAUGACAAAAACGUGAAGCGGUAUGUCUGCCUCACUCUGGCCUCUAUGCACAUCUUCACGCAGGUGGUGUAUAUGCUGACCACCAACGAAGGAAUCACUGGCAUCAUACGCAAUGGCUACAUGCUCGUUCUGUGGAUCAAUACGGUACUGCGGGCCUACCUACUCAUGCAGGAUCAGGCUGGCUAUGUGGGAUUGAUCAAGAGCCUGGCCAGCGACUACUACGAUCUGGCGAGUGAGAGCGACACGUACAUCAGUGGCAUGCUGAACGAUUUGAAUCGACAGGGUAUGCUGAUGGCCAGGGGCAAUCUGUUCUUUGGCCUGCUCACCUGCAUGGGCUUCGGCCUCUACCCUCUGAGCUCCAGCGAAAGAGUGCUUCCGUUUGGCAGUCGGAUACCUGGACUCGAUGAGUAUGCGACCCCCUACUAUCAGCUGUGGUACGUCUUUCAGAUGCUCAUCACCCCCAUGGGCUGUUGCAUGUACAUUCCCUACACAAGUCUCAUUGUGGCCUUCAUCAUGUUCGGCAUUGUCCGGUGCAAGGCCCUGCAGCACCGCCUACGCCUCCUGGCCGUCCAUCAUCCGGCAGGCCAUCGCGAUUCGAGGCACCUAGCUGCGGAGAUAGCCCAGUGCAUUCGCUAUCAGCAGAGCAUAAUCGAGUAUGUGGACAAAAUCAAUGGCCUAACCACCAUGGUGUUCCUCUUCGAGCUGCUGGCCUUCUCCGCACUCCUCUGUGCGCUGCUCUUCAUGCUCAUCAUUGUCGACUCCAACGGUCAACUGAUUAUUGUCUGUCUCUACAUCAAUAUGAUACUGGCACAAAUCCUAGCUCUGUACUGGUACGCCAACGAGUUGAGAGAACAGAAUCUAUCCGUGGCCACAGCCGCCUACGAAACAGAGUGGUUCACCUUCGAAAUUCCCAUUCGAAAGAAUAUUCUGUUCAUGAUUAUGAGGGCACAGCGUCCGCCUUCUAUAUUGUUGGGAAACGUUCGGCCCAUUACCUUAGAGCUGUUCCAGAAUCUACUCAAUACAACAUACACAUUUUUUACGGUCCUUAAACGGGUCUAUGGCUAA